AUGGCCAUCCAUCCCAGACUACACUCGCAAGUGGAUGCCCAGGGUAGCCUGUCGCCACAACAGACUCGGGCUAUCUCUGCUUGGUCAGAGCAGGCAGCAGCAGCAUCAUUGCAGAACCUGACCCUCUCAGAGCCAGCUGCGACCGGUGAUGAGGCCUCGACUCGAUCGGGUUUGCGUGGCGCCUCUGUCGCUUUGUCAAUUCCCUUGGAUGACCAUGUUUCAGUACCGGAGAGUCGUUCUACUCCUCGAGUGAAGCUGGCUGGUCAGGAUACCAAGGAGAGCCAGAAGAUUCCCUCCGUGUCUUUCCGUCGGAGGGGGUCUCUCGGCAGAGACAGUCUGAAAAGGCGAGAGGCCUUAUUGAAAGGCAAGGAUGGUAGUCGUCGGAGGCAGCGUUGGGAGAAUGACCGUUUGUUGCAAAAUCCAUGGGCCGAACCACCUUCUUCCAAAGAUUGGGACGUGCAGCCCACCUACCCCCGUCAUGACAAUGUGCCCUACUACCUCGCGCCACUCUGGGAUGUACACUAUGCGCACCUCGAUCGCAACUCAUCCAAGCACACAAAGGAGGAGAAGCAUCGAGUUCCUAAGGAGCUUCGUACGAGAUUAAAGCAUGCUCGUUCCGCCCGCGGUAUGCUUCAGGAUCUCGAAGAGGGUAUCAGACAGUUCAUCCAGAAAUGGAAUGAGAAGCAGCUCCUGCUUCGAAAGGAGGGCUUGGAGGAUGCACCCUUAUCAUCUGAGGAUGAGUCCGAGGAUGAAGUUGUCUUCGUCGGUAGAAAUGGACAGAUGCAUGACUCGCCUACGCGCAAGACUCAGUUCCGGCAAAUGCGCGAGGCGAUGAGCUCUCACAAUGAACGUGAUGGAGAGAAGAUGGUACUUGAGAGUCUGGUCGAUGACCGAGCAGCUGGAUUUGGUCGCUGGCUCGUCCACUCCAUUGCAUCAUACUAUGGCCUACAUACCUGGUCUAUCACUGUGGGAGAGCCUGCUCGCCGUGAAGCCUACGUGGGCUUCCACCCUCCAGCUCCUGGUAGUCGAGCUGGGCUCAUAUCCCACCCGCCUAGUUCGACCGGGUGUCGACAAGAGGCGAUGAUUCAACCCGGUGAAGAACUUCCCAGGCCUCUCUGGGUACAGGUAUAA